GAUGUCUGCGAGUGCACACAUCAUUACAGCUGUUAUUGGGUCUGGAGUUCUUUCUCUUGCAUGGGCCAUGGCUCAGUUGGGUUGGAUUGCAGGACCUCUUUCUCUUCUAAUCUUCUCAUUCAUCACUUGGUUUAAUUCCUGUCUACUAGCUGACUGUUAUAGGUUCCCAGGUCCCCUUGGAGGGACAAGAACCUACACUUACAUGGGUGCUGUAAAAGCUCAUUUAGGAGGAAUCAAGUACACACUCUGUGGGAUAUCUCAAUAUACAAAUCUUGUAGGAACAUCAAUAGGAUACACAAUCACCGCAUCUAUAAGCAUGGCGGCCAUUAAAAGAUCAAACUGCUUUCACAGGGAAGGCCAUGACGCAGAGUGCCAUGCAUCAACGAAUAUGUUCAUGAUCAUAUUUGGGAUUGUACAAGUCAUGAUGAGCCAACUACCAAAUUUUCAUGAACUUGUCGGGCUUUCCACCCUCGCUGCUAUCAUGUCUUUUGCAUACUCACUGAUCGGUAUCGGUCUCUCCAUAGCUGCAAUUGCAGGAGGGAACGACGUUAAAACAAGCCUAACAGGAACAGUGGUAGGGGUGGACGUGACAAGCACAGAAAAGGCUUGGAAUUGCUUUCAAGCCAUUGGAAACAUUGCAUUUGCCUAUACUUAUUCCUCAAUCCUUGUUGAGAUACAGGAUACACUAAAAUCAAGCCCACCAGAGAACCAGGUGAUGAAGAAGGCUUCCCUAGUUGGAGUCGCAACAACCACUGUAUUCUACAUGCUGUGUGGAACGCUGGGUUAUGCAGCAUUCGGCAACAUGGCACCAGGCAACUUCUUAACAGGAUUCGGUUUUUAUGAGCCCUACUGGCUCGUUGACUUUGCUAACUUAUGCAUUGUUAUUCACCUUGUUGGUGCUUACCAGGUAUAUUGCCAACCGAUAUUCAAGCUCGUGGAAGAUUCAUGCCGCAAGAAAUGGCCAGAGAGUGGAUUCAUAACAAACGAACACCCUGUUGACAUUCCAUUUUGUGGUGUUUUUCAUGUGAAUUCCUUCAGGUUAUUGUGGAGAACAGCCUAUGUGAUAGCAUCAUCUGUGAUGGCAAUGACAUUUCCGUUCUUCAACAGUGUUCUGGGUUUCAUUGGUGCGAUAUCAUUUUGGCCAUUGACUUUGUAUUUCCCAGUACAGAUGUACAUAUCACAAGCGAGAAUUAGACGAUUUACCUUCACCUGGACAUGGCUCACGAUUUUGACUGUGGCCUGCCUGAUUGUAUCACUUGCUGCUGCUGCCGCAUGCGUUCAAGGCCUCAUCAUGCAACUCCGCAACUUCGAGCCUUUCAAAUCUGUUUCUUAGGUUUCCUUUUCCUACUAUCCUUUUGUAGCUGCAGGUUUAAACAUUAUCUUAUGCGAAAUAAUUAUGUAGUUGACUGUGAUGUUGAACUAUUCAUCACAAUAACUCUUAAUUAAGGGCCUAUAUUAUUGGCCUCCGCCAGUAUCUCUCUUUUAAGUAUAAAGCUCACCAGGGGGACACUUUUCUUCC